AUGACAAAUAUUGCAACUAAUAACUCUAUUCGACUUAAGAUCAAGAAAAUUAUUUGGGACGAGAGGCGGCGCCGGCCACAGAAAGAAACAAACAAUAAUGGGCCGAUAUGUGAUAAUUCCAAAGGAGGGUAUUUAACUGUUGAUUCGGAUGAUGAAAUCGUGUUGGAGGGGCUUGAGGUGUUCAAUAGAUACCGAAAUAACGAUAUUGUGGGUGAAAGAUACAGGAACAUAGACGGGACCCAUGGUUGCCCAGUAAAUAGGUCCAAGGUGAAAGAGGUAUUUGGAGAAUUGCUUGAUGUAGAUUUCGAUACAAGUUCGGAGCUGGAUGAGGAUAGCGAGUCAGUAAUGAUGGAGCUCACCCCGUUCGAAGAGAUUCCUUCUAGGGCCAAUUCUUUCAGGCAGUCUAUUAAAACUAAGCUUAGAAAACUCCUCAGUAAUUCGCCCACAGAGAUGCUAAACAAGCUAGAAUACGAAGGCGAGAACUAUUCACCAGUUUCGAUGAAAAUUCCGGUUAUCGAGGAUACGGAGCAAUACAAUCGACUAGAUACUCUGCUUUUCGAUCUUCUGGACGCUGAGGAUCCCAGAAUUAAGUUCAAUCAAUAUGUUGAUGUUCUAAUCUACAACGGGAACUACAACACUCCAGGAGGUAAUUCUGGUGAUACUACAGGAAGUGGUAGAUUGUGGAGAAAUUUAUCCUUACGCAAGAAUUCGUUCAGGAAUAGUUAUUCCCCUUCUAAGUCGUCCAGGGUCCGUCCAAUACUCAAGAGCAAAACGAACGAAAAUUACGAGUAUGAAGCCUUUCAAAUAAGAGAGUUUGAUAAGAUCAACUUCGAAAACUUUAUGCAUAAUUUUGAAAAAUAUGAAACUUCUAAGCUAAAUCAAGAACCGUAUUUGAAUGAUGCUAGGAUAAGCCAAUUAAAAAAUUAUUAUCAUUGUAAUAACUAA